AUGGAAAAUUUUAAUAUUCAAAUUAUUGAUGGAAUUGAAACGAUUUAUGAAGAAGAUCUUAAACAUCUUGAGAGUUAUGAAACCAUUGAACAUUUUACUUCAGAUGAAGAAUCUGAUAAUGUUGAAUAUGAUUUGACUACUAUAUAUGAAAUUAAUAAUAAUGAAAGUACAGUAACUUACUUUACAAAGGAAUUAACAGCUAAAAUUGUUAAUCAUACAUUAACCCCUAUUGAAUAUCCUGCAACAAGUCUGGAAGGUGUUGCUUACAUAUUUAAUAUUGAAGAUUGGAAAGAGCCGUUAGCUGCAUUUAAAGAUAUCCAGUAUUCAAUUGGUAAACCUUGUGGUGAAUACAAAGUUAUAUGCCCUUAUCUUAAUGUUAAAGUAAAACGGAAAAUGCGCACUUGUCAAGGCUCAAAAUUAUGUGUAUUUUCUGCUGAUGAAAUUCAAAAUGAAACACAUCAAAAUGUAGAUAUUAAUUCAGAUUUUAUGACAAAAAUUGCACAAGAAAUUUCCUCUAGCAAUUUAAAUAAUAAUACUUUUGAAUUUUAUUUGGCUGCUCAAGAAACAUCAUGUAAAUUUCAACAAAAUAGUAAAUUAUAUGAAAGAAAACCAGUACUAUGUCAUUUAACUCAUCAAGAUUCU